UAGGAAACAGUUAGUUUGCCGAGGACAGGGCACAUAGCUAGACGUGGGUUGCGAAUUUUAUAGCUAUACUAUAUAUACUUGUAUAUACAUACAUACUUAUGAACGUAUCUGUUCAAAGUGCAACAACAAGUACUUCAGUAUAAUUCACUGAGAUUUCGUGAACAUGAUCGCGUUACUACUUUUUCUACUGUUGGGUACAUUACUCUUCUGUUUGAUUAAAUAUCAAUAUUCUUAUUGGAAUCGCCGCAAUUUCCCCAGUGAACCGGAUACGAAUAUUCCUUGCGGUUGUCUAACAUCCGUAGUUAAACAUGAGAAAUCUAUGGGAGUGGCAAUAUAUGAUGCCUAUUUAAAGACCAAAUCACCAUUCAUUGGCAUUUAUUUGCUUUUUCGGCCGGCCGUUAUGAUACGCGAUGCCGAAUUGGCGCAUCAAAUACUCAUACAAGAUUUUACCAGUUUCCACGAUCGCGGCGUAUAUGUUGAUGAGAAGCGUGAUCGUUUGUCAUGCAAUUUAUUUUCGCUGCGCGGUCAAAGUUGGCGUUCGCUACGUCAAAAGCUGACACCUUCCUUCAGUUCGGGCAAGCUGAAAGCAAUGUUUCACAGCUCCGAUGAUAUUGGUGACAAAAUGGUCAAACAUCUUAAUAAAAUACUACCGGAUGAGGGUAGUGCAGAAGUAGACAUCAAGGACAUUCUUGUGACUUAUGCUAUCGACAUAAUCGGCUCGGCUAUCUUCGGAUUAGAUAUAAACAGUUUUGAAGAUCCCAAAAAUAAAUUCAGAUGUCUGGUACACCAAGCACGUCGAAAUAACUUAUUUAAUGCAAAUAUCGCAAUGUUAAUAUUUUUGUGUCCAUCCUUAAUAAAAUACUUGGUCCGUUUGGGUUUUAAGAAUAAAACCGCUGUUGGUUUGCGUGAAAUAUUAAAAGACACAAUCGAAUACCGCGAAAAACAUAACAUUGUACGCAAAGAUAUGCUGCAGUUGAUGAUGCAACUAAGGAAUACUGGCAAAAUUGCCGAAGAUGAUGACAAUUGGAGCGCAAACGCCAACACAACCAUUGGUGAUGAGAAUGAAUUUACUUUGGACGACAUAGCGGCACAAGGUUUCAUUUUCUAUAUUGCCGGACAGGAAACUACGAGUUCAGGAGCUGCUUUCACCAUUUUCGAGUUGGCACAAUAUCCAGAUUUGUUGGCGCGUGCGCAAAAUGAAGUGCAUGAGGUGUUGGCACGCCACAAUGGCCAGUUGAGUUAUGACGCUUUGCAAGAAAUGCCGUUUUUAGAUUUAUGUUUACAAGAAACAAAUCGCAAGUAUCCAUUCCCUUUUUUGAGCCGAGAAUGCACGCAAGACUACACCAUACCCGGCACCAAGCACGUGAUCGAAAAAGGCACACCCAUAGUCAUUCCACUACUUGGCAUCCAUCGUGAUUCACAAUAUUUUACGAAUCCAAUGUUAUAUGACCCCGAUCGCUUUUCAUCUUCGAAUGCCAAUUAUAAUGCCAACGCUUAUAUGCCCUUCGGUGCUGGACCACGUCAAUGUAUUGCUCUGCGUAUGGGUAAAAUUAAUUCAAAAUUGGCUCUUGUAAAAAUUUUACAGAAUUUCGAUGUGGAAGUGAUGAGCAAACGUGAAAUCAUCAUAGAUAAUCAUUCGGUGGGUAUUCAACCGAAGGGAGGCGUAAAAGUACACCUCUCAAAGAAAACACAACCGUUUAAUUAGAAGUGCUUGUCACAAUGAGUGAGAGUAAUGAACGCUAGGCUAUAUGUUUUAAGUUUUUUUUUUUUUUUUGUUACAAAUUACAUGUAAUCUAAUAGCAUACAUUUAGGCGUUAUAACGCUGCUUGCAUUUGUUAGUUUUUAUUUUACUUUGGGAUUUUACUUUUGUCAACAAAAAAUUGUAUUUUACAAACUUUGCCAAAUCGAUUGAAAGAAUCAACAUUUUUAUGGUCACACAAAUACACAAAGAUUCAUUAAUUGUUUAUUUAAUUUGUUGUCAUUCGCCUAAACUCCUUCGACGACUUCUGAAUUUGUUUCGCGCUGUCGCAGUUUCUGCAUAUUCUUCUGUCGGAAUAUCUCUUUGCUCGCCUCCUUGAUGGCCUCGAAUAUCUUGGCUUGCGACAUAAUUUGUUUUUGUACAUUUUCCACAGCCGGCUCGGCAUUUAUGUCGAUUAGAUCGCUCAGCCCUUCCGACAUAUCUUCGUUGUUAUACAUUUUGGCAUCAUCUAACUCAGCACGUUUCCAUAACGGGUAAGGGAGAGAUGAACGCUUUUUACCACAACCUUUGAGUUUAAUCAAGAGUGUAAGGCAAAAGUAAAAUUAUUUGUGUAAGUAAAUAUUUGUUAAAUAAUAAUUAAAUAUGUUUUGUCACUAAUUUAUAUUAAAAAAAUAAUAAAAUCAAAAUAUAUAAUCUAUCAAUUACCAGUAAAAGCGUUGCAAAAAGGACGUUUCUCAUAUUUCCAUUGUAUGAUGCCUCUUAAUUUGUGCUGAAGUACAACCAGAGAAUGGAAUAUACUAAUAAUUUAUAGAAAAUCUUACAUAGAAAAAUAUGAUACUUAAAUAAAUAAAAGUUUUUCGUAUGAGUAUAUAGUUACAUUUAUGGACGAUAAAAACUAAGACAAAGCGUUAAAAAACAUCACCACAAGUUAAACAAAUAUAUAAUUAUUAAAAAGUAUUAAUUUUUCGUAUUUCAUAAUUAUUGCACUUCGUAUAUAUUUUUUAAGUUUUUCUACAGAAUUAAAAACAAAUCAAGUGUUAGUUAAAAAUGGCAAGAUUAUGACUCAAAAGCCCUAACGCUAAUUUUAAAGGGUUUUGGUUUAUUGUUUUGCAGUUAAGUUCGCCAAAACGCUGUAAAAUUUUUAUUAGUUAUCUUCAAUUCAUCACUGUGUUGAUAUCUCCUUACAGUGCAAUUCUGUGUCUAUUUGUUUAUGACCAAAUAUUUAAUCUAUCCUAGUUGUUUGUUGGAUUUGCCAUUAUUCAAAGCUUGGAGCGCCCAUAGUGGAAAGUUUGCUUAUUAUAAAUUUAACACGUAUUUUAAA